AAAUAUUUUAUUCUUCAUUGAGAUCAAGAAAAAUGCACUUGACCGUGAUUGCUGACGUUGAGCUGAUCUUUCAGAAUUAUAGCCGCCAGGAUGAAUGCCCCUGAAGAUUACAAAACUGUGGCAAGUUAAAUUUGGUUUUGAUUACCACCAAAUGAUUCAGAUGAACCUCCAAGACAUGGAUAGAGAAAUUGCAAUGGCGGGGAAUCAUCACCACCUGAUCGAUAUCGCGCCAGACACGAACAUGGCCGCGGUCGCUGGCACAACCGACGGUGGCGAAAACGAGAAGUGGCUGCGCAAGCUCACGUCGGCGACGGUGAACACGCCCGUGCCGAGGGACCUCAUCUCGCGGACGCCGAUGCUGUGGUAUCUCGGCGAGCGCUCAGGCACCAUCCUCCGGCCGCGCACCAGGCGCGCGCGCGUCGAGGCGCUGCACUCGGUGCGCGCCGUGGCGAUCGGCCCGUUCCACCGCGGCGACCGCGGCCUCCCGUUCCCUGACGACGCCAAGCUCCCGUUUAUGCGUUACCUGCAGGACCAGUGCGGGCUCGACGUGAAGCGGUACGUCGCUGCGCUCUCGGAGGAGCGUGACCGCCUCCGCGAUGAGUUCGCAGAUGAUGACGCCGCGGACGGGGGCGCCGCGGACAUACUGGACGACGAGGAGAAGUUCUUGGAGAUGCUGCUACUGGACAGCUGCUUCGUCCUCGUAGUGAGCAUGAUGCUCAGCAAGACUGGCACCGGCGAUGACGCGGACAGCGUGGCCCGGGCCGCGUCCAUCAACAAGGACUACUUCAUACUGCAUAUGUCCGUGGCGCAGCACGCCGACGACAUCAAGCUGGACAUGCUCGUGCUGGAGAACCAGGUCCCCUUCUCCGCCGUCAAACUUCUCGCCGCCUCGUGCCGUGGGCUCAUGCUCCGGCACUCCGUCGAAGAGCUCGUGCUUGGAUGCUUUGACGACAUCUGCCCGAAGCAAGCACGCCGCGCUGGUGACGGGGAUAUCAUUGCUGGCGGCGAGUUCAACCACGUCCUGCACCUCUUCCACUGGUCCCGCGUGCCCAAGAACAAGUACAACGUCCUCUCGACGCCACUGAAGCUUCUUAAGAUCAAGAAGGAAUCAGAGCGGCUGUUCCCCUGCUCCAUGGAGCUUCGGCGUUCGGCAGUGUGGUUUCGCCAGGCGUCGUCAAGCGGCGGCGACCUCGACAUGUGGUUCUGGCGCCACCCCGCGAGCCCGGUGGCCGUGAUGAGCGUCCCGUGCUUCCACGUCCACGAGUACAGCGCAGCGGUGCUCCACAACAUGGUGGCCUUCGAGAAGCACUUCUACUGGGCGCACGGCGCGUGCGUGACCGUGCACAUGGCGCGGAUGGAGGGACUGGUCCGGUGCCCAGAGGACGCGGCGAUGCUCCGGCGGCGCGGGAUCCUUGCUAGCAUGCGGCGCACGGACACCGAGCUGGUGGCCCUGUUCCGGGACCUCGGGGAGGAGACCAUCGGCGCGCGGCUUCCCGAAGAGUACGGCGAGAUGCUGGACACCGUGGCAUGCCACCGGAGGCGGCGCGUUAGCGGGUGGUGCGGCGGGUUCGUUCUGCACUUCUUUCCGUCGCCGUGGGUGGCCGUCUCGCUCGCGGCCGCCGUCGCUCUCAUCUUCGUGCCGUCCGUGCUGCAGACGGUCUACACCAUGCUCGGCUACUUCAAGAGUAGUUGAGAACUUCAGAAUGGUUGCUGCUAUGUGUAUAUCACGCAAUUAUCAACUAGUCAUGUAAGGCCCAAUGAAAAUUUAGGUCAACUUUGCGGCGUGAAAAAACUCCAAAUUUUGCUCGGCCAGCCGACAAGCUGCUCACUUA